UGUCAAUUUUGCUGCUCCUUGACUGGUUGAUUUUGCUGAUAUUUUUAUUUUAGUUAAAGAGUGAAAAGUUCAGAAAACAAACUAGAGAAAUUGAAUGUUCGCGGGUGGGGCAGGUUGAAAGUUUGCGGGUUAAGGCUUCAUCCCCUCCCCCCUGCCUUGCCCGCUUGCCAUCUCUACUUGCUGUCGCUCUUCCUCUCCUUUCUUUUUGCGCUAAAAGCUGUAUCUCAUACUGUGAAACACCUUUUAGUUCUUUGAUUUCUAUUGUCAAGGGAAUUUUUCUCUUAUGUAACAAAUUGUGAGCAGUUAAGAAUUUUCUUGUAUAUGCCAAUGCAAAAUAGAAGUGAAUCUAUUAUCUUUUAAUCAGCAGCUUGGAGGUGUAAAGUGCAAUUUCCCCAAAAAAUACGAUGGAAAACUCAUUUGUAUAUUUAUUCAGUGGAAGAAAAGGUGAUAAAAACCUUGGAGUAUCACAACUAGUCAAAAACAGAUGAACAGGUCCAAGAGUGUACAAGUAAGGGUGCAAUAAUUGACCUAUACCCAUAUGUGGAAUGUAGGACCCAAACACCACUAAAUUCAUUCUUCCAGACAUGAAAGAAAUGAUAUUGUGGUCUGUGAGUUUCAACAAGUCACGUUCCAAGGGUCAUGUAGAUUCUUUUUCAGGUUUCAAGAAACAGUUUGGCUUUUUUAAUCAUACUUUACCUUUCAGUUUCAUUUCUUUGCUAUUUGUAAAUUUUGGUCUUAUAAUUUCUCAAAUUCUCUUUUUAACAACAAACUGCAGCAUUGAUUUUGACUUUUUGCAGAUUUUGUUUGAAUCAAUCUGCAGAAACAUUCAACAGCUUCUUCCCAGCUGCUAAAUAUAGGAAACUAAUAAAGAGAGGAGCAAAAAUUUUGCGAAGCAGUAUUUUGUCCUACAGUUGCUGAGAGAGAUGGCUUAUGUUGCUGUGAUUUCUCUCUUACGAACUCUGGAGCAACUUGUGCAGCUGCAGCCUCAUUGGAUAAGUGCCGAAACAAGAAUAAUGGCGAACUCUCUCCUUGUUAGUCUUGAAUAUUUCCAAAACUUUCUCGAGAACACGAGCAAGAGAAGUCAAGAUCAUGGACAGAUUAAAGAGCUGGAGAGAUAUAUUAGAACUGUAGUAAAUGAAGCAGAGGAUGUGAUUGAACUAAAGAUAUAUGAAAUUAAUCAACUGGAUCGAAUGAUGGCAAGCAAGGCAUUAUACGAAAUCUUGCCUCCAUUUGUAGAAAAGAUUGACCUUCUGAAAAGGGAGGUGAUGGAAAGUAGUUUCAGUACAGAUAAAAUCCAUGGCUAUGGUGAUCCAAUGAAUGAGAAUCUGCAGCUGGGUCAUUCAUCUAGACAAGUUGCAAAUCUGAAUCUAGAGACUAUUGUUGUAGGUCUUGAGGACGACUUGAUGAUAAUCAAGAGAAGAUUAACAGGGCCCCCGUCUACUCGAGAAAUUGUCCCGAUUCUGGGAAUGGGGGGGAUAGGCAAAACGACACUUGCUAAAAAGGCAUACGAUGAUUCUGAAAUCAGGCACCGGUUUGAUGUCCAUGUUUGGGUGACAGUCUCUCAAGAAUACCGAAUUAGAGAUUUGUUGUUAGGUGUUCUUUCUUGUACUUCAAAUGAGGUCAAAGAGACUGAUGAUCAACUGAUGGAUAUGAUAUACAAAAACUUAAAUCGUAAGAGGUAUCUAGUUGUCAUGGAUGAUAUUUGGAGUAAUGAUGUCUGGGAUCUUAUGACAAGAACUUUUCCAGACGACAACAAUGGUAGUCGAAUUAUUUUGACUAGUAGGCUUAAAGAUCUGGCUAUUCAUGCUGACCCUGACAGCCCUCCUCAUGAGAUGAGACUCUUGAGUUCAGAUGAAAGUUGGAAGUUACUUCAUGACAAGGUGUUUGGGGUAGAACAUGAGAUUUGUCCUCCUGAACUAAAGGACAUCGGGAAGCAAGUAGCACAAAAAUGCCAAGGACUACCUUUAGCUCUUCUAGUUGUUGCAGGAUAUCUCUCUAAAAUUGCUAGAACACCAGAAAGUUGGGGAGAUGUUGCCAAAAGUGUAAGUAAAGUUGUUGCUCAUGAAUCAGAUAUAUGUCUAGGAGUGCUUGCUAUGAGUUACAAUUACUUACCUAAUCACCUUAAACCAUGUUUCCUUUACAUGGGAGUCUUUCCAGAAGAUAGCGAGGUUAACAUUGUGACAUUGAUCAACUUAUGGGUUUCUGAGGGUUUUCUAGGGAAAGAAAGGCUCAAAAGCAUGGAACAAGUGGGAAGAGAUUGUUGGGAGGAUCUUGUUAGUAGGCAUCUGAUAAUGGUUAGAAAGAGGAGAUUUAAUGGCGAGGCGAGAACAUGUGGUGUCCAUGAUCUGGUUCGCGACUUGAUUUUAAGAGAAGCUGAGAAAGAGAUGUUCUUGCAGGUUACUAGAACUCACGAAGCCACGAAUCCUUUGGCAAAGAAGCUUCAUGUUCGUCGCUACAGCUUCCAUCCGUACAUUUAUGAGGAUGAUUGCUGGGAGGAGUCCAGUUUCAUCCGAACAGUGCACUUACGUGGAUUUGGUGGAUUUUUUCAUUUUGAGCACUUCAAACUGCUAAGAGUGUUGGUAAUCCCUUAUUAUGAGUUUCGAGAUUUCCCUCUUGAGAUAACAGAAUUAGUACAUCUCAGAUACCUUCAGUUCUGGUGUAAUGAUGAUAUUUACCAGUUAGUGUCAAAGCUAUAUAAUCUGCAGACCUUCAUUUUUCGUCACGAAGCUCUUAAACCUCCAACUAUACCUGAGACAAUUUGGGAAAUGAAACAUUUAAGGCAUCUUCAAGUCGUCAAAAGAGUCUUUUCUCUUGCAAUCCCUAAGUCUGGUUUCAAGCUAGAAAAUUUGGAGGGACUUUCCUGUCUAAAUUUGUCCAGCUGUACUUAUGAAAUGUUUUCUGCUAUUCCAAAUCUUAAGAGGCUGAAGAUUCAUGGAAAUUGGAGGGAAUGCAAGAGAGAGAAGAUUUCCCAGCACCUAGAUAGUCUUUCCUGUUUAAAAGAACUUGAAAUAUUGAAGUUCAGGUACCAAGGAGCCUACCGUCGCCAGCUACCAAGGAAGUUUUCUUUACCUACAUCUCUGAAGAGGUUGACUUUAACAAAUACUCUUUUUCCACCGGAAGACAUGACAAAUAUUACAAUGUUGCCAAACCUCGAAGUGCUUAAAAUGAAAGAUGUAUUUGAUAGUGAUGAGUGGAGAUUAAAUGAUGAAGAAAUUUUCAGUCAACUUAAGUUCCUCCUAAUCAGUGUGACGUUUCUGAGGCACUGGGAAGCUGGGAGUGUUAACUUCCCAAAACUACAACGCGUAGUUCUGAGAAGCUGCAUAGGCCUGGAAGAAAUCCCUAAAGACUUUGGAGAAAUUUAUAGCUUGGAGUCAAUAGAAUUGUAUGACUGCAGUAUGUCCGCUGCAAAAUCAGUGGAAGAACUUCAAGAAGAGCAAGAGAGCAUGGGGAAUGAUUGCCUUAGUGUCGUCAUCAAUAAUUGCGUGUAUUGAUGUUUAAGUUCAAGAAAGGUUGUCAUGCUUGUUAAGAGAAAAUGGUGUGCGUGUGAUGGCUUCAAUUGGAGCUCUGGAUUUUGGAAAAGGCAUCGAUGACUAUGCAUCAAGCAGAGGUAUAAGCAUCACAAUAUGUAGCUACUGCCUUAAUUCAUAUCUAUGCAAAAUGCGGCAAUCUGGAUGAUGCAUAUCAAAUUUUUGAAAGCAUGCCUAGAAAAAUUAAGUCUUUUGGAAGGCAAUGAUCGCUGCUUUUGCCUUUCACUGAAAAUCACAAGAGGCGUUAUCCCUGUUUGAGCGCAUGUCACUCAAGAGUAGUGAUUCCCGCCCUGAUGAUGGCAUGUUUGUUGGAGUACUCUCUGCAUGUGUACAUGCAGGAUUGGUUGAUGAAGGCAGGCACUUGUUUGAUAUAAUGAGUUCAUCAUUUGGAUUGGUUCCAAAAGUUGAGCAUUUCUCUUGCAUGUUUGACCUUUUGUCUCGUGCUGGUCGCGUAUAUGAAGCAUGGGAGUUUAUUGAGAAGAUGCCUCAAAAACCAGAUGAGAUUUUAUUUGGAGCAUUGCUUGGUGCCUGUCAAAAGCUCAAAAAUAUUGAUGUUGGUGAAACGAGUAAUGCAGCUACUUCUGGAGAUGGAACCAUCGAAUUCGGGUAAUUGUAUAAUAUCAUCAAAGAUAUAUGCAAAUCUCAGAAGGUGGGAUGAUUCAGCAAGGAUGAGACAAUUAAUGCUACAGAAAGGCGUGGCCAAAAUUCCAGGCUGUAGCUGGAUUGAGAUGGAUUCUCAGCUUGUUGAAUUUCGUACUGGCAAUCCAUCACAUCCAAUUGAAGAUGAGAUUCACCAGGCACUUGACUUGUUGUAUGAGGAGAUGGCCAUAUAAGGUUAUGUUCCAAAUGUGAAUCUUGUGUAGAAAGGUGAGGAUGGAGAUAUUCUAUAUCUUGCUAUGCUUAUCAGGUGGAACUGAACGUAUUUAUAAGAACAAAAUAGGAGAAAAGAAAAGGGAAAAGCAUGUAACUUGCUGCACAUAUUGUUGGAUAGGCCACUGGAUACCUUUGUGUUCGUGUGGGCUUGAGCUGAAUGCAUGAUCAGUUUGUUGGCAUGCUUCCUUGCGAACUCUGACUUGCCAGAACCAAAUGAGAAGCUACAAAUGCAAGAACCAGACAUAGUAACUUGACAUAGUGAUUUCACAGAGAUCAAGCAAGAAGUAAAACCCUUAACCAAGAUUCCCCAGAUUAUAAGGUGUAUGCUUCUGUGCAAAAUCUGCUUUAGUGCAAGAAACUUUAAUUCCCUUUCUUGCUCGUCGAGGCAUGUCAUGUCACUAUCAAACUGCGACCUAAUACUGGCAUUCUCUUAAACACAUGCAUAACUGUACAAGAUUUUCUCAUCUUCUUGCCGGCCAUUAAAAAGCUACUGCUUACUGCAAUCUCAGCCAUGCUAAGUGCAUAUUAAGAUUCUUCGUGGACAUCAUCCAAGAACAUCCAGCAGGUGGAUUGUCAAUUUUGCUGCUCCUUGACUGGUUGAUUUUGCUGAUAUUAUUGGUUUUAGUUAAAGAGUGAAAAGUUCAGCAAACAGACUAAAGAAAUUGAAUGUUUGCGGGCGGGGCAAGUUGAAAGUUUGCGGGUUAAGGCUUCACCCCCUCCCCCGGCCUUGUCCGCUUGCCAUCUCUACUGGCUGUCGCUCUUCCUCUCCUUUCUUUUUGUGCUAAAAUUGUAUGUCAUACUGUGAAUGACCUUUUAGUUCUUUGAUUUCUAUUGUCAAGGGAUUUUUUCUCUUAUGUAACAAAUUGUGAGCAUUUAAUUUUUUUUUUGUAUAUGCCAAUGCAAAAUAAAAGUGAAUCUAUUAUCUUUUAAUCAGCA